AUGGCGUUCCAGUUGCCGGGCGUGCAAGUCCUAGGGCUCACCACCAUUUUCGGCAACUGCGCCACGGAGCAUGCCACACGCAAUGCCUUGAUCCUGGCAAGCAGUAUUAGAUAUAUAUUCAUGACAAAUUUACCCCUUUUCCACUUCGUUCCUUCAUCUUUACUUACACUUGCAAUUCUACUUCAUCUGGAUUCUGGAAUGCUAACAGGAGGAAAGCCGGAUGUUGCCGACUUUGUUCAUGGAUCUGAAGGCCUCGGGAAUAUAGAGCUUCCCGAUCCCACUAUCAAGAAAGUUGAGGAAAGUGCUGCUGAGUUCUUGGUGGAUAAAGUCUCUCAGUUUCCUGGAGAGGUCUCUGUGUUUGCCUUGGGUCCUCUGACAAACGUAGCAUUGGUAUGCCAUCAAGAAGGAUAUCCAUCCUUCGUGAAAAAUGUUAAGAAGAUUGUUGUGUUGGGUGGAGCAUUUUUUUCAGCUGGAAAUGCCACCCCUUCGGCUGAAGCAAAUAUUCACCACGACCCGGAGGCAGCUGAUAUAGUUUUCACUUCUGGGGCAGACAUCUACGUGGUUGGCCUCAACAUCACAACGCAAGUUAGCUUUACAGAUAAGGAUCUCCUGGAGCUAAGAAACUCGAAAGGGAAGCACGCACAGUUCUUAUGCGACGUAUGCAAGUUCUACUUGGACUGGCACAUCAAGUCUUAUGGUGCUCCUGUGAUUUUCCCACAUGAUCCGGUGAGCUUUGCCGCGCUGGUUUGUCCGGAGAUGUUCACGUUCAAGAAGGGUGUAGUGAGGGUGGAGACACAGGGCAUCUGCGUCGGGCAUACUUCCAUGGACAUGUUGCUGAACAAGUGGAAUUCAGAGAACCCAUGGACUGGCUACUCGCCGAUUUCGGUCGCAUGGACGGUCGAUGUGCCCAAGGUGGUCGAGUUUGUGAAGGAGCUCGUCAUCAAACAAUGA